AUGUCUUCCGCAGUAGCUGAACUGGAGAACCUGCUCCAAUCCAUGCUGGCUUUGAAGCCGCCUGGCGUAUCAGGAUCCAAGAUCGGUGGCAUCACAUCUCUGUGCACUGCCAACGUGCAGAACGAAUCAGUGCUUAUUCAGAAAAUCUACACUCACUUCAAGAAAGCCCCCGGCACACACAAGCUCGGCGUACUCUAUGUCGUAGACUCAGUAACUCGACAGUGGGUAGAGGCGGCGCGCAAGUCCGGUCAGACCCCCGGUGGUGAUGCGCCUGAUGGCACUUUCGCCGCUGGCGUGAAGCGAGUCACAGAUCUCUUGCCGGUCUUGAUGACAGACAUCAUCAAGAAUGCCCCCCAGGACCAAAAGGACAAGAUCAAGAAAUUGGUCGACAUUUGGGAACGCGGUGCCACUUUCCCGGCACCAAUGCUAGCCUCGUUCAAAGAUAAGAUGAAUGCGGCUCAGAACGUCGAAUCGAACACCCCGGAAGGCUCGCCUGCUCCCAACUCGAACCCAUUGGGCAUUCCCCAACAGCCGGCCGCCGCUGCCGCUGCCCCGGAUACCUCUAGCAUUCUGAAAGCUCUGGCGGAUAUGGCAAAGAACAGCAACACUGCGCCUGCUGCUUCGGCAGCCCCGGCUCCCGCUGCCAAUCCCCUGGGUGCAUUCGCCCCAGCUGCUCCUGCCGCGGAUCCUACCGCUCAGGGUGCGGCUUUGAACCCAUACGGCGCCAACCCCGUCGCCAACCCGUACGCGGGCAUGGCUGGCAUGGCCCAGAACCCUGCCCUUCAGCCGCCAAGCCAGAAUGGCACUCCGAACCCAAUGGCUGCCGGUAACCCGCUCGCCGCGAUGCUUCCUCAGGCCGCUCAGCCCGCUGCACUUGACCCGGCUGCCAUGGCCGCUCAACUCCAGGUUCUGCAGAUGCUUGCUUCUCAGGGCAUCCCUCAGGACCAGUGGGGAACCGCUCUCCAGAUUUUCAGCUCGGUCGGCGCUAACGGUAUGAACGGCAUGCCCCCAAUGCCCGGUAUGCCCCCGAUGCCUGGCUUCCCCCAGAUGCAAGGCCAGAAUGCCGGUGGAUGGGGUCGUCCCGACUCUCAGAACAUGGAUGAUCGAGGACGCGAGUACCCUCGCUCUCCUCCCACUGGAUAUCGUCGUCGCUCUCGCUCUCCUGGCUGGGAUCGCCGUCGUACUGCCUCGCCUCCUCGUCGUCGCGAGAGCCCUGUUUAUGGAGAAUAUCACGGAGAUUCUCCCGGUCGUCGUGGCGGUGACCCGCGUGACGCUCGUGGUCGUCGCGGCGAUUAUCGCCAGCGUAGCCCGCCUGGUGCUCGCGGUGGAGGAAGACGUCGCUCGCCUUCUCCUCCUCGCAACAAGGAUCCCAACUUGCCUCCUCCCGGUCCCAAGUUCAUUGAGUGGGACUACUCCAUUGGUCAGGGCAUGAUCAAGGUCCUGAGUCGAACCCUGUUUGUUGGUGGUGUCACCUCUUCGGAGUCUCACCUGCGCUCGCUCUUUGGUCAAUUUGGAAUCGUUCAGACGUGCAUCGUCAACGUAGACAAGCGCCACGCUUUCAUCAAGAUGGUUAGCCGUCAGGACGCUACUCAGGCACGUGAUGGAAUGGAAUCGUACCGCACCGGAGAAAUGCAACUCCGAACUCGCUGGGGUGUUGGCUUUGGCCCUCGCGACUGCAGUGACUAUCAAACUGGAGUCAGCAUUAUUCCAGUUGAUCGACUGACCGAGGCUGAUCGCAAGUGGAUGCUCACUGCGGAAUAUGGUGGUACCGGUGGUCGUCAAAUUGAGUCCGGCAUGGUUGUCGAAGAGCCGGACAUUGAAAUUGGUGCUGGUGUAUCUUCUAAGGCGAUCAGUCGUCGCAUCGCAACCGACACUGGCGGCAAGCGGGGUCCCAUCUCUACUCGCCAGCCUGGCCCUGGCCCUAACCCAAACCAAGAGGCUCGCUUUGGAGGUCGGCGUGACCGUGACGGAUACGGUGCCCCCAUGGGUGAACCUGAUAUGUCCAACAUGAAUAACCCCGGUGUUGCGCCUGCCGUUCCUGCGUAUGGCUUCAACUUCGCCAGUAUGCCUAUGCUGCCUCCUGGCUUCAUGAUGGGUCAGGGCAUGCCUGGUCAGCCUCCUUCUGGUGGUCAGGGUAACUAA